UUGAGGCAGACAGCUCCAGCACCAGAUUUCGCGAAGAGGGCAGGUCCGUUUUCAACACCAGAAUUGGUUUUAAAACGACCAUUUUUAAGUUUAUUUCAAGUGUUGUUCCGUUUGUAUGGAGUGAUUUGAGGGUCCAGGCAGCUGUUGCACUAUAAUUGUGCUCAUUGUAUGGAGGUUUUGCCUCCAGCUUCUUCACUUCAAGGAGUAAACUAAAGCGUGAUGAACCAGAAGAAGGUUCAUGAGCCACCCAAGGUGACUGGGCUGUCACCCAAGGAGGGCCCACCAGGAACCAAAGUCACGAUUCGAGGAGAGAAUCUGGGAAUUAAUGCCAAAGACUUGUAUGGUUUAACCAUCUGUGGAGUGAACUGUUUGCUGCUGGCUGAGUGGAUCUCUCCAAGUAAGAUCACAUGUCGCACGACAAACUGCAAGGGUAUGGGGGAGGUCAUCGUCACGACAAAGUCCGCUGGUGAGGGAACGUGUACGGUCAAGUUCCGUGGGGUGCAGUUUUUGCCAAAUGCUCUUCAGGAAUGUUCGAUCUGGAUGGACGAGUCGUCCAUCUUUGAGCGUCACCUGACCACUAUCCACAGACCCUCUUCACCCUUGCAAGGAGGUCGUGAAGACCCACUGGGAUUGGCCGUAGAGAGCACAUCGGUUCUAUCAGAUGAGGAGCUCACUUCUAUGUUCCCUAUGGGGAGCAGUAACCUUGCCCACAAGAACUUUGAACCAGUCUGGUUCCUGAUAGAAAACCACAGUUCUACCAGCUUUGAUGAUCUCAAGAAGGGCCUGGUCCACGUCCAGAAACAGUCGUCUAGUCUGAAGACGGAAGGACCGCAGACAUUCAUCAAGUCCAACCUGGGAACGUUUAUGAACUGUCAGGAUAUCUUAGCAGGCUUUGCUAACAACCUUUCAAAUCGUGAACGUCACUCACGCCGUUGGAAGCCACGCUCGAAUACCGAGGUCUGGAUUAAUACCUUACAAACCCCUGACGACCUUUCAGCCAUCCAUGACAGUCUGGUGAGGCACGAACCUCUCGGCGUGCCUCUUCCUGACGUCGCUGAGGAAGGUGAGGAAGGAGAGGAGGAGACACCUCGAGGUUACACCUUGGAGAAACUCGAAGAGUCUCUCAUCCAAUGCAAUGAGAAUGCUCAGCGUAUUUUCAAGAGCGUCUUGCAUCGUAAGGACCGUGCGGACUCCACACGCAAUGCCCUCAAUGUCUUGAACCGAUUCAAAUUUCUUUUCCAUCUGCCCAUCACGAUUGAACGCAACAUCAAAAAGGGCGACUAUGAGGUUGUCAUUAACGAUUAUGAGAGAGCAAGGCAAUUGUUUGCUGACACGGAGGUCACCGCCUUCAAGAAAGUGUAUGAAGAAGUGGAGAAGCGUAUUGUCGACCUGAGAGUUCAACUCAAAAACAAAUUGAUGGAGCUACCUUCGACUCUGGAUGAUCAGAAGAAACUCAUCAGAUAUUUGGUGGAGCUGGAGGCCCCUGGUGACCCAGCCUGGGAGUGCAUCGUCAAUCAACAACAUUGGCUCCUGAAGUUGCUGCAAAAAUGCAAGGAUGACCAUCUCCAAAUGGAUCAGCAGAACAACCCUGAGCCGACGAGCGUGACUUUACGAGCCAAGGUGCACCACUCCAGAAACAGAUCAGGCUCUUUCAAUCAAAUGAAAUUCAACACUGCUGAUUCAGAGGGGAAGUACAGCCCUCCCCAGCGUGUUCUCCUGUUAGAGGAAUUAGUGGAUGUCUUACAACUCACCCUACCAGACUUUGUCAAGUUGGGCCAGUCCUAUUUCUCUGCGUCGAUUGUGGCCGAGGCUGGAGGGAAGGACAUGAAUAUCGACAGAUCCAAAGAGAAGAACUUCAGGCAAAUGGUGACUGAGGUGACGGUGUUGUUUGCAAACCUCGUCCGUGCCGCUUUCCUGCCUGACUCACUGAUCAAAAUACGCAAAGAGGAGAGAGCCAAAUAUGGAUUCUGGUCUGACACCAAGCAAGAUGGGGCAGCAGGGGCGUGGCUACCUCCCUGCGUCAGGAGUGUCAGGUCUGUUCUUGGCUCCAUGGCAGCUCUGGAUGUACCCUCUUCUGCCCUGGAUCAUGUCCACUCACUAGUUGCUGAUCUGAGGGUUCAUUGUAUGGAGACACUCUUCAUAGAAGCCAAGGAAGACAUCAGGGGCCUUCAUACUAGAGAGACCUGGGUUCUACAGAUGGAUGAUCAUGGAGGAAUAACCUCGUUGCCUAUGUUGUUUGAGAGCAUGGUGGUGGACGUCGUGCAACAUCUUCAAGAGGUGGUCAGCAUAGCCAAAGCGGGCGAGAGAGACAUUUUCAGCGAUUACGAUGUUCAACGUAAGACGGUAACACUGACCUCAGAUAUCUUGAAGGCCUUCGCUGGUUGCUUGGAGCAGUUGGCAUUCAUGGGUGAAACAGAAGCGGAUACGCAUCGUCUAAGAUUAUCUGAAGCUCAAAUGAGAAUCCCUGUAUCUUUAUUCCAGUCCUCGGAGGACAGUCUUCCUUCCAUGGAGCAAUGUCUUGUGAUUGUCUUGAGCAACUGCAACCACGUGUCUCAGUUUGUCAUUCCCAACCUCGUGGAGCAGUUCAAGAAGCAAGGCUACCCAUGUAUGCUGGAGAUGGAAAGGAAUGCCCAAGAAGCCUACAUUGAGUUGGAUGAGAAGAUUUUCGAGGCGUACUGUGAGCAGAAGACAGAUCCGUUGGUUGGAGCGUUGGAACCCGGGAUGUAUGCGGGUCAUUUUGACUGGGGAGAUUGCCCCAAACCAACAGGAGUGAGGCCCUACAUCAAGGAAGCGGUGAUGUGUUCUGUGGGGAUACACGCUGAGGUCCACGCCAUCGCGCCGGCCUUCAUGCCUCGUGUCAUGGCGCGAGUCUUAGAAGCAAUCUCGGACGAGAUGGCUCGAUUGAUGGGGUGUAUCGUGGAGUUUAGUCAGAACGGUGCGUUGCAUGCGAGGCUGGAGCUUGCCGCUAUGGAGGAGGCAUUGACUGCAUAUAGGAAUGCUGGAACUAGUGAUUCCUUUAAGGAGGCGUUAGACAGUGUACCAGUUCUAGCACGCGAAGAAAGUAAAAGGUUGUAUAACGAGCAUCUGAUUCAGUUCCGUAAUGAGAUGAGAUUCCAGCUGUCCUGCUUCACCACAGACUCCAUGGAUUCUGACGCAUACUAUUAACCAAAAUCCAUCCUGUACCAGCACAUCCCAGGUAAAGUUUGGCUAUUUUGAUGUGUACACAAGAUGUGGGAUCUGCAGGCCUGUGUGUAAAGUAUGGACCUAGUUUUGUAGCGUCAUAUUUCAAGUGGCAUUUAGCCUAUGCUUGCGCACUAAGGCGCGAUUGGUGGAUUUGCGGGUUGUGGGUUCGAGUCCAGCCAGGGGUUAUGGUGCGUGUGCCCUUGGGCAAGGCACUUUGUCACUCAUUGCUUCUCUCCACCCAGGAGUAAAUGGGUACCUGUGAGGGCAGAGAUGGUUAUGUGAUUGAAUUAGCUUGCUUGCGCCUAACAGGCAGCAUCGAGCUGUAUACUCCCCAGGGAGCUGAGAUGGUAUUUGGAAUGUUUACUUGGCCCAGUGAUCAGGGGUAAUAAUAAUACAGUAAAAGCGCUGUGAUUUAGUUUACUAAUAAGAGCGGUCGAUCCUGUGGGAAAUCUCAGACUUUACUUACCUUUUUCAAAACAAUCCUCCAGAGCCGUGAAUUACAAAGAAUGGUGAUCGACUGAUGGGGGCGCGAUCGACCGAUGGCAACACGAUCGGCUAAUAGUGCAACACGAUCGACCGAUGGUCAGAUACAAAAUCUGUGAUUUAGAUGGAAUUAUUGCAAAAAUUAUUGGAGCUUGAUUUUGCAAGAAGGAAAAUUGUGUUUUCAUUCGGACUUCAGCAGACAUUUUCCCACAUAACCCAGACUUUGUGGCAUUAUUAUUAUUUUUAAAGUAUUUACCGGACUAUUGGAAAACAUUUUCUUGAGAAAUACAAAAUUAUGUUUGUAAUAAUAUGUAAACAUUUUUGUAUAUGCAGUUUUCACGUUUGGAGAAAAGCCGAGUAGUGUAUAAGGAAUUAUGAAAUAAGAUGCAUAAAUGCUUAAACUUGUCUAUUGGUAACAUGUUCCUGAAAUAAGCAGAGAUCUAGUCUUCGCAACUACAUGCUUUUCAAAAACAUAUUCCGGCACUGCAACUGGUGACAAUGGUCUCUAGAAUGAACAAGUUGCAUUAUAUGCAAAAGUUGGAAUAUAUUUUUACAUCAAAUUGCUGCUAAAAAAAAUUGGAAUAGUCACCAAAUAUGCAUGCAGUAAAAUGUGUAGUUUUUGUAAGUAUGCUGUUUAGAAUUUGUCAAAUAAGGGGGGGGGGAGUGGUUACAUGUAGCCUUGUUGAAUGUUAUUUGCGUCACAGAAUUGCUGUAACAUUGAUUUUUGUUUUUUUCACUAAAAUGUAAAUGUUU